UCUCUUUGUAAGCUGAUGUGGAUAAACCUCUUUCAGGUAAUGAUCAAAUUAAAUCCUUGAUAAUAAACAGUAAAAGAGUCAUUAUAGCAACCAGCACUAAUAUGUCUCUUUUUUCUCUCUUUUAUAACAGAUGUAUUUGAUCAGCAUUUAAACGUGUCAGCUGGACACUAUCGAGCAAAAGGCAUGUGUCCAUUUGGCUGGAUGAUUUAUGGCAAACGUUGCUUCAGGUAUCAGGCUACCAGCAUGAACUGGGAUUCGGCUGAGAAACACUGUCAGAAUCUUAGUGGACACUUGGUCUCAAUACAAAAUGAAAAUGAAUAUUGACUGGUUAAGUUUCUUAUUGGUGUUCAAGAACUCAAGGAGAAGCCAACAUGGAUUGGCCUUUCUAGUUGUCGGCAGAUAUUUAAGUGGGUUUGGUCUGAUGACACUCAACUGACUUUCACCAAGUGGAACUUUGGAGAACCAAAUCAUCUGUUAGGAGAGUGCUGUGUGAAUAUAAACUCUGGCAUAAAUAAGGACUGGAGUGACAUGAACUGCAAAAUGAAAUAUCCCUUUGUGUGUGCCAAAGAGCUUGACUGAAAUGUU